AUGGCGACCAUGAAACAUGUAGAGACACCGAGUGUUUUGUCAAACCACAAGGGUCGAGAUUCAGAGGUCGCCGGGAUGUCGACGAUGGGGGUGGUGGUGGGCCAUUCGCACUCGGUGCAGUUCGUGCUGCGGCCCGGCGACGGCGCGAUUAUCCACGCGAGUAAAGGCGCGGUCAAGACGCUCGGCUACUCGCGCGACGAGCUGUUAUCGGUGGGUCUCGCACUUUUGAGAAUAUUGGAGUCGCUUGUAAGAAUCCUUAAAAAUAACGCCACCAUCCACGCGCUUAAAGCCAAAGCUGAAGCUCCCAUCCUCCCCCCUCCUCCGUCCUCUUUUUUCUUCCUCUCCCGUUUUCCCCAUUCCGCUUCUCAUCCCCCCUUCCGCCUUCCCCAGACGUCUCUUCUCCGCCUGGCCGCGCCUUUCCCGCUCAGCGACUGGCGCGCAGUCGUGCAGCGCCUAGAGACCGCGCAAAUCGGCUCCGCCGCGCUCCCGCUCACCCUCACGUGCCCCGCCACUGCACCCGCCGCUUCCGCCGCUUCCGCCUCGUCCGCCGCGGCUUCUGCUGCAGCGGCAGCGCUUUUAGGUGCGGGGGAAGGCGCAUUCGGCGGGGGGAGCGGAAGUGGCGGAGGGGGCGGAGGGGGCGGAGCAGCAUGGGGAGUCUCUGCAGAAAGGGGAAGCGUUUCGCAGCAGCAUCCGCAUUUCCCUGCUGUAUCUGCGCUUACUGCGCAUUUAGAGGAAGCAGAUGGAAUUUCAAGAGGCGAAUCUGGGAAAUUUAUCGUUCUGCCUUCCUAUCCGGGCACCCCUGGAGGCUCGUUCACACUUUCCGGGGGAACUUCUCCUUUUAGGGUUUCCAGCCCCACACCGUCCACCUCGCCGUACACUUUAGACCCCCUUGCGGCAAUGUCUGAGUCGGAAGGGGAGGAGGGGAAGGGCGUGAGGCGGUUCAGCAAGCAAAGGACCGCGUCUGGAUCCGAUAUGGGCCGGUUUGCGGGGGACGGUGAUGUGCUUAUAACGGGGUUUGAUACAAGCGAGGGAGCAGGAGGGUUGGGGGGAGUGAGGAGUGGAGGAGCAAGGGCAGGUGGUAGUUUUGGCGGUGGUGGUGGUGGUGGUGAUGGAGAAGGAAGAAGUGGACCAAUUGGCUUGGAAAUUGAGGGGCGUUUCGAUGCAAUACCCUUAUCCCCGUUUUCCACCAUCUCGUCUUGGGAACCUCCUCCUCCUCCUUCUCUUCCUUCUUCUAUUACUCUCCCUUCGGCGCCCCCCCCUCCUGCUGCUCCUACUGCUCCUUCUGCGGAUCCUCCUCACCGCAGCGUCAACACCAGCUCCAAUCUGGUUACCACCACCCCCACCAUUGUUACCACCGUCAGUAGCGGCACCGGCAGUAGCAGGGGCAUAGGGAGCAGCAGCGGCAUAGGGAGUAGCCGCACCAGCUUUACCCGUGCUGACAGUGAACCCCCCAGCAGCCGCCUUCCUGUCACCAGCCUCACAGGUAGCAACACCCUUACACGGGCACACGGUCACACGGGCAGCGGUCACACAGGCAGCGGUCACACAGGCAGCAGCAUUGGCAGUGGCUUCACGGGGUUCAGGGGCGCUGGGUCGGGGAAUCUUAUCGCGAGUGAGCAGCUGGGCGUGGAGACGGUUAAUAUGGAGCAGAUGGAGCUGCCUGUAGCGGGGAUGGCUGGGUUCUGGAGUGAGGAGGAGGGGAGGGCGACUGGGGAGCGUGUGAGAGGGAGUGGGUGGAGCAACAGAGAGGGUGAUGUUAGUGGUGGUGGUGGGGGAAAGGUCAAGCAGAGUGAACAACAGGGUUCAGCCGCCCAGGGUUCGGCUGUGCAUGAGACACCCGCGUCCCUUUUCGCCUUCCCCUCCAGCCACAGCCAAACGAUUCAAGGAAACAUUUCCUCAAACCCAGAAAGAAAUCUUUCGCUUUCAGGGCAGCUUGUAAGAAUCCGUAGAAGCGGCUCAGGUAUACCUUCUGGGCAGGACAACAGGGUGAAAGGGAACGAAGGAGGUGCCAGGAACGGGGCGAGAGGCGAGGAGGAGGAGGAAGAGGAGGAUUCAGCAGCAGCAGCAGCGGCGGCGGCGGCGGCGGGUGCAAGGAGCAGUUUCAGCUUCAACGUGCCUCGUUCCCUCGUGCCCCUGUUUCACAUAGGAGGCUGCUCUGACCUCGUUGCUACAGUGCAUUUGCCCUCUCCCUACACCGUAUCCUCUUCUCGCCCUUCAUCCGGGCAGCUUAUUCCCACGAGAUCACCGCAACAGCAACCGGCCCCACAGCAACAGCAACCGGCCCCACAGCAACAGCAACCUACGCCAGUUCACCACUCGCAGCAGUCAAGACAGCCGCAGCAGCAGCAGCAGCAGCAGCAGCACCAGGCACAGGCACAGGCAGGGAUGGGAAUGGAGGUGCAGGCAUCAGGCAUAAUUGAUGGUCAAGCUCAGCGGCAACAACACCAGCAGCAACAGCAGCAGCAGCAUCAGCAGCAGCACCACCAGCAGCGGCAUGAGCAGCCACAACAGCACUCGCUCCCACUCUCUCCUACACUCGCUCUCACUUCCCCUCUGUCCUCAUCGCUCCCUCUCACUUCGCAUAUCCCUUCAUCAUCCCCCCAUGGCAUAUCCUCUUCUCAUUCACUCCCCCCAUCGUCCCCCAGACCUCCUUCCCAAGCCACGUCCCCCCUCCCUCUCCUCACUCCCCAACGUCCCCACCACUCAUCCUCCUCCUCUCCCUCUCCUCUCUCCUCCCCCUUCCCUCUCUCCUCACACUCUCCUCACUCCCCCUUACCGCCCACCACUCCCUCCCAUCUUUCCCCACAGCCCCCACCCCCCCAUCUCUCCGCAUCCCACCUCAUCACAAGAAAUUCGUUACAGUCACCUACGACAAGCUCUCUAGCGUGGGAGAGUGCUUCCUCUUAUCAAGAUGUGCUUACAACGGAGGCUGUGGAGAGGGGCAGGCCUCUACUGGACCUGGCAGGCAUAGGGGCUGUGACUCUAACGAGGGAGGACGGGAGCGUUACCCUGUGCAACCCGGCGGCCAAUAGGAUGCUUGCGGGGAGAUUCUCGGCCAAUGGGGCGGCUCUGGGGGGAGUGCCAGCAUGGCAGGUGGAGGGGCGGGUGCUGAGCGAUUUUGUUGAUGAAGCCUCGCGUGCUGCUUUCGUGGUGAGUGGAGUGGGGGAGGUGGAGUGUCGGGGGGUGGAGUUCCGGGAACGAGGCGGGACUUGUCCUCCCUGCCUCUCUCUCCGUCUCCCUGCCUAUCUCUCCCUCUCUCUGCCUCUUGCCCCUCUACUUCCUCUCUCGCGCUCUUCCCGUCCUCCCUUGUCUCUCCCCCCGCAGUCCGACUACACGGCUGUGUGCACGGGCCUAGCGCAGCGCUCCCAGCAGGAAGUGCGGGUUAGAGCAGCAGAUGGGGCGAUCAGAUGGGUGCGGCUCACAUGCCACGGCAUCAAAUCGAGAGCGGAUAGUAAAGCACCGCAACGCAUUAGUUCAGAGGGCGGUGCGCCCCACCGUUACCACGCAACGCCUCACAGCUCUAUAAACCCGAAUAGUGACGGUGAGCCUCACCGCAUCAGAGCAGGCUCACCACCCGUCGUCGCGACGAGUUCGGAGGGUGAUUUGCCUCGCAGAGCCGCAAUUGCAGAAGUUGGUCCAUCACAUGGUAUCAGAGCAGCAGGCUCACCGUCACCACAGGUCGCACUGAGUUCGGAGGGUGAUGCGACUCACAGCAGCGCAGCAGGCUUGCUGGUCACGAGUACAGAUGGUACAAGUGCGGAGGGUGGUAGUGCUGCUCCUCACACCGAGCCCACUCGCUGUUCCAUUGGUCAAGGGGCAAGUGAGGGGGAAGGAGGAGCUGUAGCAGCAAAGGAUGUAGCAGAAGCGGCUGUAGCAGAAGGGGCUGUAGGUGGGGAAGUUGCAGCUGAAAAUGCUAGAGUUGGGGAGGCUGCAGCUGGGGUUGCUGCAGCUGAGCUGGCGAACGAAGGGAUAGAGGAUGGCGGUUUGAAUGGAUACAGAGGAGAAGGGAGGGGUGUGGUUAUUGAGAGACCAGGCGAGGAGGAGGAGGUGGAAAGGAGAGAGGACGGGAAGGAGGAGCGAGAGGAGGAGCGUAAGGCACAGGAAGAGGAGGACGGGAAGGAGGAGCGGAAAGAGGAAAGGAAAGAGGAGCGAGAGGGGGAGGGCGAGGAGGGGGGAGAUGAGGAGGAGAAGGUGAGGGAGGUGCAGGUGCUGUGUCUAUUGGAGGAUAUCAGCGACAGGAAGGCACUGGAGCAGAGCAUGUGGAAAUAUAAGAUGAUGGUGGAGAAUCUACCGGGGGGCGCCGUGCUGAUGACCAGAGCGUUGGACGGGCGGCAGGAGGUGCUCAUCAACUCCACCGCCGCCCACCUGCUGGGGUGCGCUCGGGGCGAUAUUGACAGCGUGGAGAAGUGGUUCCGGGCGCUGUAUGGGCGGGAGAAUGCGGCGAAAGCGCAGAGGAAGUACGAGGGGAGAAGGAUGGGCGCUGCGCGGAACAACGUGUUCAACACCGUGCUGCCCAUCCGGCGCAAGGACGGGUCGAAGCUGCUGCUGGAUGCCACGUCAUACUCGCUGGGUUUCGGCGAUAUGUGGCUUGUCAACGACAUCACUGAGAGCCGCAAGAACCAGUUCAAGUUCAAGAUGCUCUUUGAGCUCUCCUCCGACCCCAAGCUGCUGCUAACAAAGGACGGGCGCGUGUUUGACUGCAACCAGGCGGCAGUGCGGAUCCUCAAGUGCCCCACCAAGGAGUCUCUGCUCGGUCGCACGCCCUGGCGCCUCUCGCCCCUCCAACAACCCACCACCAAGCAACCCGCCUCCGCUCUUAAAGCCAUUCUCGCCCACCUCGCUGCCUCCAACCAGCCCUCCAACCGAUCUUCAGGCUCGGGAUCCUCAGGCUCGGGAAACCCCCACCCGGGCCUCUCCGCUUCGUCGUCGCCGUUUCCAGCUACUGCUGCUGCCACAGCUGCUGCUGCUGCCUCCGGCCCGGCAGGAGGCUCGGCAGGAGGCCCGGCGGGAGGCUCGGCAGCAGCAGACGCCGCUCCAGGCCUGGCGGGAGACUCGGUGGGAGGCACGGGGAACCGGUGGCGGCGGUUCGAGUGGGUUUUCCGGGACGAAGAGGGCGGGGAGGUGCUGGUAGAGGUCCUGUGUCGCAUGGUGGAGUUUUUCGGAGAAAAUGUCUACCUCAUGGUGUGGCACGACAUAGCCGAGGUGAAGCGGAAGGAGGCGGAUUUGCAGCGCGCAAAACUCGAAGCGGAGAAGGCGAGCCUCGCGAAGACCCAGUUCCUGGCGAAUAUGAGCCACGAGAUCCGCACCCCGAUGAACGGUGUGAUCGGGGUCGCGGAGCUGCUACUGGAUACGCCCUUGUCGGAGGAGCAGCAGAUGCUGGUGAACACGAUCCGGUCGUCCAGCCAGGGGCUGCUGCAUAUUCUGUCGGAUAUUUUGGAUCUGAGCAAGAUUGAGAAUGAGAGGAUGGCGCUCGAGUUUGCGGAGUUUGACGUGAGGGAGCAUCUCGCGCAUUCGCUGGCUCUCUAUGAAGUGUCUGCAAGGGAUAAGAAGCUGCAGCUCAAAUCCCACGUGAGUCGAGACGUGCCGCUAAAAAUUCUAGCAGACGCAGUGAGGGUGAGGCAGGUUCUUCUCAACCUCGUAUCCAAUGCCAUCAAGUUCACCGCCCGCGGCCGCGUCACCGUGCGAAUCUCCACCGUCGAUCCCGCCGACUCGGGCGGCAGCGGCGGCGGGCGGCGGCGCGAGUCGUUUUCAUCCCUAGCGCCGCUGCUGCAGCUGGAGGAGAGGCGGGGCGAGCCUGUGGAUAAGGUUCUUCUCAAGUAUUCAGUCUCAGACACAGGAAUCGGAAUCUCCAAGGACGUGCAGGGGAGCUUGUUCCAGGCGUUCACACAGGCGGACAACACCACGUGUCGGAGGUUUGGCGGCACGGGGCUGGGGCUGGCGAUCUGCAAGGCGCUGGUGAACCUCAUGGGGGGCGAGAUUUCCGUGACCAGCAGCGAGGGGCACGGCUCCACCUUUGAGUUCACCGUGUGCGCGGGAGUGAGUGAGGACGUGGGCGAGUGUGGGUCAGUGAGUGAGGAGGGAGACGGGGAGGAGGACGAGGGUGAUUAUGAUAGUUUAUGUGAUAGUGAGGAGGAGGUGGCGGAGGAGGGAGUGGGGGAGACAGAUGAGGAGGAGGAAGAGGAAGGGGAGGAGGAGGAGGAUGGCGAUUCAGAUUCGGAGGAUGAUGAACCUGAGAAUUACUCUCGCAUACGGACCACCCGAACCUCCCUGGAUUACCGAGCCUUGACUAUGGAUGGGUUGGAGGCUACUAGGAGGAUUAGGCAGGCGGAAGCAGAAAGGAGUUGUCGGAGUGAGGGGGAUAGCCGGAGUGACUGUAGCGAUGGUGAGAGUAAUGAGAGGCGGAGGAGGGAAGGUGGGGGUGCGGGUGCUGCUGGUGCUGGUGGUGGUGCAGCGGCUGCUGGUACUGCUGCAAUGGCCGUUGAUUCUGAGUUGAGUAAGGGUGGGAGGAACAACAUGAGCAGUGGUGGUGCUGGUGGUAUGAGCAGGAGUAGCAGUUCUAAAAGGGCAGCUGCUGCAGCAGCAGCUAUGGCAGCAGUGGCGGGGGUAGGAGGGGAAGUGAGCAACAGGGGAGGAAACACGAGUGGUGGCAACAGUAUCAGCAAUGCAGGUGCACUUGCGAGUGCUGCUGGGCUGAGCAGGCGGAAUAGUGGAAGGGGCAGUGGUAGGUUUAGUGCGGUUGAGAACGGCAAGGAUGGAGGGUUGAGCGAGCAGCAGGAAGAGGAGCAGGCGCCGGUGGUGAUAGCAGCGCUGACAGCGAGACCUGCAGCAGCUGCUGCUCUCCCUUGCCACUUCCUCUUGAGAGACAAGAGACUUGGCAGGAAGGGGGAGCGGCAGCAGCAGCCCGGCCCCUCCCACUGUCGCGCCCUCCCCCUGCCCGUCGCGCCCUCCCCCCUGACCGUCGCGCCCUCCCCCUGCCCGUCGCGCCCUCCCCCUGCCCGUCGCGCCCUCCCCCUCCCCGUCGCGUCGCCACCCCUCCCCUUCCCCUCCCCGUCGCGUCGCCUCCCCUCCUCCUGCCCGUCGCGUUCGCCUCCCCUCCUCCUGCCCGUCGCGUCGCCUCCCUUCCCCCUGCCCGUCGCGUCGCCUCCCUUCCCCCUGCCCGUCGCGUCGCCUCCCCUUCCCCUCCCCGUCGCGUCGCCUCCCCUCCUCCUGCCCGUCGCGUUCGCCUCCCCUCCUCCUGCCCGUCGCGUCGCCUCCCUUCCCCCUGCCCGUCGCGUCGCCUCCCUUUCCCCUCCCCGUCGCGUCGCCUCCCUUCCCCCUGCCCGUCGCGUCGCCCUCCCCUCCCAAUCCCGUCGCCCUCCCUUGCCCGUCGCGUCAACCUCCUCUCCCCGCCCAUUUCCCACCGUCAGAUCCUCCUCCCGCCCAUUUACACCGUCGCAUUCGGCCUCCCCGCCCCUCUCUCACUGUUCAUCACCUUAG